GACUUUGUUUCGUCAAGUUAACUCGCAAGCUUGAUUGUAAUUAUGGCUUACAACGAGUCACGGAAUGAUGCAGCAGCAAAAGAGAAGGCCAUAGAUGAUUGGCUUCCAAUCACUUCCUCUAGGAAAGCCAAAUGGUGGUACUCAACCUUCCACAAUGUUACUGCCAUGGUUGGUGCUGGUGUCCUUAGCCUCCCCUAUGCCAUGGCUCAACUUGGAUGGGGACCAGGAAUCGCCAUACUUGUUUUGUCAUGGGUGAUCACGUUGUACACUCUGUGGCAAAUGGUCGAAAUGCAUGAGAUGGUGCCUGGCAAACGAUUUGAUAGGUACCAUGAGCUAGGGCAACAUGUGUUUGGAGACAAGCUGGGUCUCUGGAUUGUUGUGCCACAGCAACUAAUAGUACAGGUUGGAGUAAAUAUUGUCUACAUGGUUACCGGAGGAAAAUCAUUGAAGAAGUUCCAUGAUGUGGUUUGCCCCAACUGCAAAGACAUCAGGCUAACAUACUUCAUCAUGAUUUUCGCCUCAGUUCAGAUGGUACUGGCUCAUCUUCCCAAUCUCAACUCCAUUAGUGUUAUCUCGCUGGCUGCAGCAGUCAUGUCCUUAAGUUACUCUACAAUUGCUUGGGCUGCCACGCUUAACAAGGGGGUUCAGCCUGAUGUCGACUACAGCUAUAAAGCAAGAACUAGAACAGGAGCUUUCUUUGACUUUAUCACUGCCUUGGGUGAUGUAGCCUUUGCAUAUGCUGGUCACAAUGUGGUCUUGGAGAUUCAAGCAACAAUCCCUUCUACUCCAGAGAAGCCUUCCAAGAAACCCAUGUGGAGAGGAGCCUUCCUUGCAUAUGUCGUCGUCGCCAUCUGCUACUUCCCAGUUGCCUUGAUUGGAUACUGGUUUUUUGGAAACAGCGUGGAAGACAACAUUCUUAUCUCACUCGAGAAACCAGCUUGGCUUAUUGCAACUGCUAACAUGUUUGUUGUCAUUCAUGUUAUCGGAAGCUACCAGAUAUAUGCAAUUGCAGUGUUCGACUUGCUGGAAACUGCAUUGGUGAAGAAACUCCAUUUUUCUCCUUCUUUCAUGCUUCGCUUUGUUACUCGCACGGUAUAUGUUGGGCUCACAAUGUUUGUUGGUAUAUGUAUUCCAUUCUUCAAUGGCCUGCUUUCUUUCUUCGGAGGAUUUGCUUUUGCCCCAACAACAUACUUUCUCCCCUGCGUCAUGUGGCUUUCCAUCUACAAACCGAAGAGGUUCGGCUUCUCUUGGACAGCAAAUUGGGUCUGCGUUAUACUAGGCGUUCUCUUGAUGAUACUGUCACCCAUUGGUGCCCUAAGGCAUAUCAUCCUUACGGCCAAGGACUAUGAAUUCUUCUCAUGAACAUCUUACCAAAAGCGAUCACAAGGGCAGGGCAGAUAUGGAGAGAGGGUAUCAACAAUUAUUUUGCUGGUUGUGCCCUCGGCAGGAAACUCGAAUUUAACAAUUCUGGAAUUUAUGUUAGGGUUUCUCUUCAUCACCAUCAACAUGAUAUGCAAAUCCAUCAUUGCCUAGGUCUAGUAGAAGUGAUUUUCUGUUAUGCUAAGCAACACGUUGUUGCUUAAUUUUAUGUACAAAAAUAAAAAAAAGUUGUACAUAAAGCAUCAAAAUAGAUUUUGAUAUGAGAUUUGCAGC